UUCUGUUUUGAAAAAGGAAGGGUUUUCGUUUGUUUUUUGUUUAAGUUAAUGACACGUGUCAUAUCAUUACUGGUUCGUGAUAUACACUUGUUGAAAAAAGUGGUCAAACGCAGAAGGAGAGUUUAUUAGACCACUUUAAAAAGGUUAAGCGGACAAAGUAAUUUUUGUCCUCAAAAACUAAUUCAGGAUAACUUAUAUAAUUUGCCUUAAAUUUUGGAUUACUUUUAAAAUUAUAGCUUCAAUUAGCAAAGGGUAAGUAAGAACCGAAUUUCAUAAAACCCGAAUAGAACCGACCAAUGGACGCCUACUCCUUUCCACCAAAAAAACAAUUUAUGAAUUCACUCCUUAGACCUCAAUGCCCCGAUACUCAUCGGUUGCGGUGGCUGAUCCACUAAACAACAACUCAAUCCCGAUACCCAAAUCCUCUGUUAACGUGGACGAGUAUGCGCCUUCUAUACCGCAAUUUCCUUUAGUUCCAGUAUUAAUUGCAUCACAGUACGAAGAAAUUGAGGUUGAAGAAGCAACUAAAAACAGAGAAGAAAAUAGUGAAGGAUUAGCUCCACUCCACGAAGAAAAUCAUAAAAAAGAUGGAACCCACAUUCUGGAGCCUGUGGGUCUUGAAGAGCACUUAAGAUCAGGAAUUUCUACUCCAAAACAAUCUGUAGUAAAUCCUGAUACCACUAUGCUUGAAGAGGGUAGUGGCAGUUGCAGAAUAUCUAAUUCAGAUGAAAGAAGAGAAAAGAAUGAUUCAAGUUUGGAUGGAAAAAGAAUGGUCGUGCUUUCUGAUCCUCAAGCUCUUAGAUACAGUGGGAAAAGGAUAACCCAUGUAAUCCAGCCUUUUGAUCAUGAAGCAAGUGCUGAUAUAGUAAAUAGUGAUGCUUCUAGCAAGGAAGUUAUUGGUGCCCAAUUCUCUGAAGGAGGAGGUCAUCAAGAAGCGUCUGAGGAUUUACGACAGACAUCAUCAAGGUUGGAUGUUCCGAAGAUUAGGCUAAGAAGUUUGUCCCCUGCUGAUGAUUCUAGUGGUGGAAAUAAAAGACCAGCAGAUAGAAGUGAGUUUUACUCUAGAAGUUGGUGCAUCAAAGGAAGGGAUCCUCUAACUAGCCAUGAUAAUGACGGUGUUUUAGAUGCUGCAAAGAUGAAAAGCAAACUCAUAGAUGGAGAAGGUUCAAAAAAUACCACUGAAAGACUAGCAGCAGAUUGUUUUUCUGAUUUGGCACCAUCUGCAGUUCGAUGUGGAGAAAAUCAAAGGUUGAAUAGUGACAUUGAAUUGCAUAUGCAUAGCGAUGAGCAUCGGUCAAACAUACCGUUUAGAGACAUCGAAAGGGAGACUCUUGGAUGUAAACCCUACUUGGCUGGUUAUGGAAGCUCUUCAUCACUAUUACUCAAAGAUGAUUCUCUUAAUAAAGAUAGCUAUCAUAGUGGAGUGCUUCUAAGUAGCUCAGUACUGUCAUCUUACAAGUAUCAGAACGCUGAAGUUCCGUCUUAUAGCUCAGUUUUGGACGACACGAGUUAUAAGAGGUCCCAGCUUAUACUCGGAAAUCAUCAUUAUCCACACUUGAAUCACUCUGUGGAUAGGUGGCCUUCUUAUCUUACUUCUUCUUCAAACCUAGAUCCGGUUAGUGAUCAGAAGCUUUUAGACCAUAGUCGAGCAUAUUGUUCUUCUAGGUCAAUCUCAAACAAGUCUUCAGCACUUCCUGGUUCUGGAACUGAGCCUUUCUCUUGGACUGAUUUAUCAAGGGACAUGGAACACUCACGUGAUUAUAAGACCAAGGUGUAUUUUGAUGACUGGAAGCCUUCUGUGCCUUUUCAACCAUCAACCUUUCUUAGUCAAAUUAUUCCCCCUCCAGAAAGUCUGUAUGAUCCGAUUCGUGAUAGCAUUGAGCAAACCAGCGCAGCAGAGAAAGAUUUGACUGCCGAUGAAAGAGAAACAACUGAUAGAGCUACAACUCAUCAAGAAAACGUGAAUACCUCUUCAAAAGAAGAAAAACACCCAAGACCAGUUAAUCCCAGAGGCCAAAAAAGGACACAAUCAAAAUUAGAGAGGCCCAGACACAACUAUGAAAUUGAUAAUGACUUUAGGAGAGAUGGAUCUGUGAACUAUGAAUCAGGAGUUUUGAAGCAUUUUCGUGCUGCUCUUGUGGAAUUCGUCAAAGAAUUGCUGAAGCCAACUUGGCAUGAAGGUCUCUUGAUUAGGGAUGCAUAUAAGAUGAUUGUUAAGAAAUCAGUAGAUAAGGUCAUUAACUCUUUGCAACCUGAUCAAAUUCCUGAUACGACUGAAUCCAUUAAGCAGUAUCUCUCUGUUUCUAAGCCAAAAGUAGCUAAGCUCAUUGAGGGGUAUGUGGAGAAAUAUGGAAAAUCUUGAGAUGAAUUUUGCUCUACGUGCUGCCAUCAGUCAGGAAUUGGUGAAACACGUCAUUGUGGGACAACUUUUGUUUCUACUAAGGGGCUAGAAUCAAAAUGUUAAUUUUUCGUAUGGAUUUCUUCUUAUAAGAUAAGACCUUUUUUGCUGCUUUAUGGCUCGAAAGUGUUUGGAAUCUUCUAUGAUUUCUUGGUAAUAGUUUGAUUCAAUCUUGGUAGGGAAAUAAUAUUUGCUAAUGUGCCAUCAUCUUCGCUGGAGUCAACUACUAGAUUACUGCUCCUGUCAUACUUUUCUCUGUGCUUUUUCCUCAUUGGAUGCUCUGGCAUUGAGAAGGAAGGAUGUAUUUAGAUGCAAUAGGCCGUGGAGGAGACCACUGAUAAUCCAGGAAUCUUCAAUCUGACGUCAACAGCUAGUCUCACAAUCUGGCACUCACGUCCCGACAUUGUCAUUGUAUACUCCCGCAAGUCGGAAGGCAGUGGGAAAAUGAGGAGGACACGGCGCGACAUCUAUUAGCAGCCAAUUCUCCAUACAAAUAGAGGCAUCUAUAAGAAAGAUACUUUGAUGGCUUUGGCGUGAAGGUCUCAUUAGCUCGUAUAAGGCUCCGGGUCUGAACCGUAGUUUGUGCUCUUUGCACUUUUAAAAGUUAGGAAACUAAAACAUCCUAAUAGUUGAAGGAAGGUAAUAAAGACGAGUAGGAGCAGAUUGUGCCUUUGAAGAUAAACAAACACGACAUUUCGUUAGUAAGGGAAGUGUCACCUUCUUUCUCCAGGGUUACAUGAAGUAGAUUGGGAGGUCUUUCAUCCCUUGUCUUUGAAUAGGGGAAUAUGUCCUCAUAAAAUCUUUCUCCAAUCAACUUAGCUGGUUAGAUAUUGACUAGUGCAAGUAAUACAUGAAAUAAACUAGCAACCAUAGUUCGUGACAAAGUAUUGGAUAGCAAGCAAGGAUACUUUUGUUUGUUUCUUCUCCACUAAACAUGGGAGUUUAUGGAUAAUUAUAGAUCAGUGGUUACCUAGUGAACUUUGAUUUGAUCCCCUUGAGUAAGAGGCACCCACCUCAUCCGGGGAGAGGUUCACUAUGAUGGGAGGAUCUUGACUGGGAAACGGAGGUUUAGGUUUGAGCAGCUUUUUGUUCAUUCAAUCCUUAGAUAAGGGUGUAAUGGUCAAUUGUGCUAGACAUUCUUGUACUUUGAAAAGUAAAGUAUUCCAUGUGAGGAACAACCAAACUACUAGAUUUGUUGUGCAUUUGACCUUUUCAAUAGCCAUGGUAACCAAUUUUAACAUAUAGGAUAUCUUAAGAGCUUGAUGGGAGAUUGAGGCAAAAAAACGCGAAGUGAUUUCUUCAUUUUUGCCUAAACCUUGAUGGGCAAAAUUACUUGGCAUCCGCGUCGAUGGGAGGUAAGUAGGUACUCGGUGGCAUAGUCGCAGUGUGUACAAGCUGGCUCGAACACCACCGCAAAUUUUUAAAAAUACUUCUGUUACAGGUAAAAAGGAGGUCAUGUGGAAUUUGGUUGUUGUCGUUAACACUAUUUCUCUAUGUUGAUAGAACUGUGGAUGUUGUAUUGACAUGCUGAUCUUUUGAGUGGUACUCUGCCAAAAACAGUGCAAUAGUAUGGUCA